CCUCCAGCAAUACAUUGAAAAGAAUGAGAGCUUCAACUGUAGCAUCUAAGUUCAAUGAAUCAUUGUCAGACCUCAUCGAUGCCAUGUCCAAAUGUAAUCCUUAUUUCAUUCGCUGUGUUAAACCCAACAAUGAAAAAGCUGCAAUGAAAUUUGAGUCAACAUUGAUCUUGGAACAACUACGCUACUCUGGUAUGCUGGAAACUAUUCGCAUUAGGAAGCUGGGUUAUCCAAUCAGACUGCAUUUCAUGGCAUUUGCCAAUCGAUAUCGUUGUCUGAUUGGGCCACAAUCAUUCCAUACUCGAACACAUCCAAAGGAGAUAUCAUUAGUGAUACUGCGUCGAAUGGGAUCUAAAUAUGAGACACAGUAUCAGCUUGGUACCACUAAGGUGUUCAUGAGAGAAGCUCUAGAAGCUGAUUUAGAGUAUGAAAGAUCAAUUCUUCUCAAACAAGCUACAAUUAUUAUUCAGAAAUAUGUACGUGCUUAUCUGUCACGUAAACGUUACUUACAAAUGAGAAAAUCGGCAGUCAUCAUUCAAAGCCAUACCAGAAAGAUGAUCCAAAAAAGACGAUACAGAGACAUGAGGAGAGGAUUCAUCAAAUUACAAGCUAGAUACAGAGCUAAGAGACAAAGACGUCAUUAUUUAAGGAUACGUGAUGAAAACAGAAGAAGACUUGAACAAGAAAAGAGACGACGAGAAGUAGGUGCCUCAAGGCAGGCACAACAAAAGAAGAUAUCUCCUCUACGAAGGCAUUCAGGAGUAGCACAUCUUGAAGUUCCAUAUGAAUUAGCAUACAUCUUCUCAAAGAUUGAUGAUUGGAAUCAAGCUCACACUGAUGUCAAUGUUACCAAAGUUGUUGGUAAAGUAGCUAGACAAGAUAAUACCUAUUCAUUACCAUCUGACAUCAAUGCUCAUCCGUUCUCUAAAUACUCUAAUAUAUACUUCAAGAGAAAAGAAUUUGGUAUGACAUAUCAACCAAUUGACAGUGGAUUCUUGAAGCUGAAUGAUGACGAUGACAAAGAAGCGGUUGCUUUGUUUAAAACGAUUCAGAGAUUCAUGGCAGAAGUGGAUAUUAGCAAAGAUAAAGAAAUUAUACUUGGAAACUAUAUAGUACAGCGAGGUUUGCAGAAUGGUGCACUUCGAGAUGAGAUAUUCAGUCAGCUUUGUAACCAGACAUGGCAGCAUGAUACAGAGGAGGAAAAUAUGAGGGGUUGGCUUCUUAUGUCUAAUUGCCUGGGUGCUUUCCCACCGUCACCUCGACUCUACAAAUAUCUACUAAAAUAUAUCUCUGACCACGCAUAUGAUGGUUACAAGAUUCACUGUCAGCAUAAAUUACUUGGCUGUGAUACCAUAGAUAGUGGAAUAACUAGAACCUACCCACCGUGUUUGUUAGAAUGGAAGGCAAAUAAACAGAGAAACAAUAUGGCUUUGUCUGCCAAGUAUCCCGAUGGUGAGGAAGUGAUGGGACAGGUUGAUUCAUGGACUACUGGUGAAGAGUUUGCUAAAACAUUGCUCAAAAAUAGGGGUGUUGUACAAGGCAAUAAGGGUUGGUCAGUGUGGUUGAAGGAUGGCAAAGAACGUUAUGAAUUAUCUGGAUAUGAUUACGUAUUGGAUUUAAUAUCAGAGAUGGAAAUUCCACCAGAUUUCCCAGUUAUAGAGUCACAGUUCUUAGUGUCUUCUGAGAUCUCCAGGGAAGGCCCACCACAACGAAAAAUGACCUUGGCACCCAGUCAAGUUCCAGACAUUGACAAAUUAUUGGCAAAUGAAGAUGACCAAUCACAAACUACUACAGUCACCAUAGAACACCAACCUCCUUCAUAUAUGAAUAUAACACAAAAUGGAGCAUUGUAUGAAUUACCAGAACCAGACUAUGAAGGCGUUGAUCUGGAAAAACUGAGCCAGAUGUACCACAAUGAAAUGAUGGAAACUGACUAUCCCCUGGGGAAUAAUCUACCUGAGAGGGACUAUUACAAUAGGUUGGCCACGAUACAGGAAGCCUCUUCUCCAAAGACAAGACGACAACGUCCAAUAUCGGAUGAUGAGAGACUUCGAUCAGCGUCUGUGUACAGUGACCAUAGUGAUGAUGAUGCCAAGUCUGCAGUCUCAAAAGCAUCUGCUGUAACCCUGGGAACACGUAUUCGCAUGGUGCCUGUUCCAUCAGUGAGUUCAACUUCUGGGUUAGAUGACUACUUAGAUAGGUUGUUUGAUCCUGUCAUCUCCGCUAACAUGGAACCAUUAACCAAUGCUAAUACAAUGGAUAAACGACUGAAAGGUGGAGGGCGUGGACCACCUGAAUCCAAACUAACUGGGGGGACUAUGAUGAAUGGACCUGGUACUAUUCCAAUGAUGGCCCCACCCCCACCACCAGUUAUGUCAGCACCAAUGCAAUUGUUACCUCCAGCAAUGACAGCUAUGCAUAGUAUGCCACUUACUAAUAUGCAACCAGUUUACCAAGGUGUUUUACAACAGCCUAUUAUGAUGCCAACCUACGACCCACAACAGUAUUAUCAACAGCAACAACAGUACCAGCAACAGCAACAACAGCAGCAGCAGCAGCAACAACAGGCAUAUCUUGCACAGCAAGCCUACAUAAAUCAACAAACAAUUUUAGCCCAACAGUUGCAAAUGCAACAGCAGAGAGAAAUGUUGCAGAAUCUUGAGAAACGCUUAGAGACAGGUACUUCUGCCACAGCAGCCCCAAAAAGAGCGUCAACAGGAACAAGUCCUUUGGUUAGAAAAAGCGCAGUUACUGAAAUGGCUAGUAAGUUUGAUGGUGGGCAGCCUGUUAAGCCAUCUACAAGUAAGACUGUAAUGAAUGGACCUAGCAGUCUUCAGUCUUCACAAAGUGUAACACGUCAAGAGACUACUGUGCUUUCAAACUCAGUACCUGAAAUGCUGCCACAACCGCCGCCACAACCAUCAACAUCGCCGCCGCCACUACCACCCCCGUCAAAGCUGCCGCCGCCACAACCACCGUUGACAGCAUCAAUGCCACCACCCCCGCCACCACCUUCUGAACAUUCAGAGAAAAAAGUAACCGUUGUUAAGAUUUCAAGAAAUGCAUCAAACGCAUCUAAAAAACCAGUUGGUGGUAAGGCUAUUGUAUCUCCACCACCAGAUAUAAAACCAUCUGACACUGCAGUAGUCUCAUCUGAAAGUGCUGUAACAAAGUCGGCUAUUCCAAUACCACCACCACUGCCACCACCAUCGUACUUUGCUCCAGUGAAAAACGAAUGGCCCAAAGGAAAAACUAGCUAUGCAGUUCGUGCAAGAACCAUUCGGGUUGGCAAGGUUGUUUGGCCUCCUCCGAAAGAAGAAGUUCAGAAAGAGGCUGCAAAUGUAAAUAAAUUGGAAGUAGACUGGGACAGCGAGGACGCCACUGCAGAACAACUUACUAGAACCUCAGAUAUAGGAAAAUUGUGAAAACUACUCGUAUGUCUGAAGCGGAUCUUAGAGCUC